CAGCGGAAUCCCAGCGAUCCCAAUGCCGCCUCGUGGUGUGGCGCAUCUGCAAAGAGCCAGAGGUUCGGCAUUUCGGCUCCUGCUCGUCAUUCGCCGUUUUCGUGGCUGUGCUCGCCGUCUUGCGUGUCGCCCACGUUUUCCCCUGCUGAUCCGCCCCCUCCGCCUGUGGCUUGUUGGCUGGCAAGGCACGCGGCUCGAAACAGUCAUAUUGCCUUUUGCCUCUGAACCUGCAAGCCAUGUCGAGCAACAGGCCUCUGAGGCUUCACGAUCAGGAUCCGGAUUCGGCUUCCUGUUUCAACCCGACACCGUCUGUCGUGUGCGACUUGAUCUGAUCGCAAGACACUGCAACUGCCAUGCUAAGCCAGCCACAGCAGCCAUUUGGGAUCGGCUGUCUGCCAGCAAAAGUCAUGCUUCCCUACUCUCAUCGGGUUAAGAUUGGGCUACUCCGUACUGUUGGACAGCAUCGCGAUGGAACAGAUGCCCUCCGCGUCAGAACCGAGAAAACAAGGCCGUUGCACCCAUCAGCCUAACAUAAACGUUACAGGCUCCAUUCAAAGCUGCAAUGCCUUCGCAUCUGGCGUCUCGCAGAUGUAAGCCUCUGCUGCCUACCCGAACAUCCUCGCGUCAGGUUCUGCGUCGUGUCAAUUGCCCGCCUCGCAGAUACUCACUCAUCCUCCACGCGCUAAAGACUCACAGCAGAGCCUCAAGGCUCACCAGGGAGCACAGUCACAGCUAGCUUA